CCUCUGUUUUCACUUUCCCAACCAAAAAGAAACCCUAAUUUGAAAUCAAUCAACUGAGAUCAUCAAUGGAGGAACCAAGAAUGAACAUAUACAGAAUCUCAAGAAGUAUAAAAAAGAAAGAGAAUUCAUUAUACAAUGCCUUGAAAUCAAUCUAUGAAGACUCCAUAUUUGUUGGUGAAAUCUCUGAAAUUUGGUCACAACUUCCACUUGUAGCAAAUUUACGUUGUGGGUUAUGGUAUUCACGUCAGUUUCAUUCAACUUGUUACUUCAAAUCUACUGAUGGUCAUUGUAAUAAUUGGUCUUUCAAUACUUCUCGCCUCAAUCUUCACAUUGCCCAUCUCGCUGGACAGAAGGGAGGGUGUAUAAUUGUGGAUUCAACGAGGAAAGGUAAACGAUUUCCUGAUAGUAUGGCAAAGACGAUUCCGAUAUGGACUUGUGUGUUAAACCGGGCUAUUCGCAAUAAUUUAAAGAAUGAUCGGAGUACUGAUGAUUCAGAAUCAAAUAGUUCGGUGGGGGCAAAUGUUGAUAGGAAGAACAUGGUUCUUGAUUGGGAUUGUUCAUUGCAUCUGCCUCCGUGGGUGUCUAAAACUGAAAAAGCUUCUAUUGAAGAUAGGUUAGAAGAAUGGACUAAGGAGUUAGAAGCUAGUGGUGUUGAUAUUGUUUCUCUUGCAUCUGCUUUAGAUAAGCCAUUACGUCCGCUUUGGGUUUCACAGAAAACUGUUAUUUGGUUGAAUGAAGUACCUGAUGUUGAUUCGUGGGAUUUCACUCCCAUUAUCCUUGUUUCUGCAUCGUGUUCGAUGGGUGCUAUUCAGCAGAGGACAACUACCUCGGAGUUUAGUUGGAAUUAUAUAUCAGGAGCUGGAGAUGAUGAGGAAAGUUGGGCCAGGGGAUUAACGCCAAGUCUUUUCUGGAAACAUGUGUACGAUCUUAUAGCCUCGGGGCCAGAUGUGUGUAACCAUAAGGUAGCUGAUAUUGUUGAAAAGGAUAGAGUUUAUCGUUCUCAUAGGGGACAAAAUGCUCCACAAAUUUCCAUCAAGCCUAAGAUUUUGUCUCCCAACAAUCGUCCGACGACAAUUGAAAAUCAGUGUAUGGAUCAUGAUGCCGAUACAAGGUCUUCGGCUGAAGGUGGUACUAUGUCCUGGUUGGGGUCGACUAAUGUUGCAGUUGGCACAAGUCAAAAUGCUUCAACCGUUCAUGAGGAAAUUGAUUGCAUAUUAAAUUGCAGUAAGGAGUUAGUUUCUCAUAGUCUUCCAGAUGCAAGCAUGUACUUGCAGCUGCCAAUUGUGACCUCAAAAUAUGACCGAUUUUCUUUGCUAAGUCAUCUUCCUUCGGCGCUUAAAUUUGCAAAGCUGAACUUGAGCAAAGGAAAGAAACUGUUAGUCUGCUGUCCAGAUGGGGAAGACAUCAGUGUAUGUGUUAGUCUUGCAAUACUAACAUCCUUAUUCGACAAUGAAGGUUUGUACAACAGCGGAAAGUCCUUCACGGAGACAUGUAUUUCGAAAUGGGAUAUGCGGAAAAGACUAGUGUUCAUCUGCAAAUUUGCAACAAAUGCACGGCCAUCCCGGGGAAAUUUGAGACAGGUUUUCAAUUUUCUUAACAAAGAUGGAUGCAUCUCAUCCCAGUAGGCAGUAGCAGAACCAAUAGUUCUUUUUGUUUUUUUUCUUAAACUAUUUUUCAUCUCUUGUGAGGCCCAUUAAGAGCUUAAGCUGUGUAUUUUCUUUGUGUGCCUCCUGUUGAACUUUCAAUUUUCAGAGACAAAGCUGUUUGAAAAACCUAAUUUGCAGUGUUUAA